AAAAUACUUUGAAGGGUGGAAAUAUACAAAUGAAUCAAACUCCAAAUCGCGCACUCGCACUCGCACUCGCACUCGCGUCUGCUCCUCCUCCCGGUUCCCCUCCACAUAGAAGUUAACCCUCCAACAAAAGCGGCAUCUUUUGUAUCACCACCUCUACUCGGCGGCGCCUCUCCAACUACCUCCUUCUCUGCCGCCACUAUUCUCGCAUCGAAGAUGAAGGUGUUUGAUGUUGAGGCUCAUUCUCUCUGUCUUUUCCUCUUCACCGGCGUCACCAAUUCCAAAGAACUUUUGGAACUUAUGCAAUCAGGAAAGUUGGAGCCAGAAGCUGCUUUUCUUAAUGCCUCUCUUAUUCCUGAUGUCUUCCCUGUUCUAGCAGCUGCCCACAAGGCUCUACUGUCGAAAGCACGGGAGUCUCUAACUACAAGGACACUACAUUCUGAGCUAGUUUACAAUUAUUCAGGAUCUAAGCAUAUUACAGAAUCUUUAAAAAGGUGUGGCAUUUCUGAUAGUUGCACCUAUAUCCUUGCUGCAUGUUUCGAUGCUUCAGUAAAUGAGAUUAAAGCCAUCCAAGACCUAAUCAAGGGAAAGGAGAUUGGUUUGGAGGAGCUGGCAGGAAGAGCAAAUCAAAGCCAAAUUAUAAAGCAUUACAAAAUUUCAAGCUUGGAAUUGGGAUUAGGCUCGCUUGCAGAUGCCAUUACAUGUCGAAUUGCUGCUCGUGAUGCUUUAUAAAGACAGGGACUCGUUCGAUGCCAUAGCUUUUCAUUUUGUGUUACCCUACAAUGUACCUUACUUUAUGUGAGUACAUUGUAUAAAUCAACUUUGAGAUUUUGACAUUAACUAUUGUACUCCCUUCGUCUCUUUUUGUUUUUUACGUUUGGUAUUUUUCACGCGUUUUAACGACUAAUUAAUAUGCAUUGAGAUUUUUCUAA